UAUUUGUUUUAAUGUAGUACUAUUCGUCUAAAGUUUCUGUUAUUAGUAAUAACUAUACAAUCAUCAUGGUUUAUAUACAUUUUCCUUCUAAUCUAACUGAAGAAGAAGUUAUGUUGCAAGCGAAAUAUCAAAAACUACGUAAAAAAAAAAAGGCUUUACAAGCAUUAAAAGCUCCAAAACAGGAGCCGGAAAAACCACUAAAUCCAAAACGUACAACUGAUGCUCGGGAUGCACGUGAAGUGGCAAGAAAAUUGAUAAAAAGUGGCGCAAUACCUGCAAUACAAAAACAGACAAAGCAAGAUCAAACUUCAUUCAAGCGUCCAAAAGGACAAGAAAGAAAGCGAGUAGCACCAGAAGCUAGCGUUGCAACUUAUCAACCAUUUUCUUCGACACAAAAUGAUGUUGCGCAAGAACCUAUUAUCAGUGAAAUAAUUAAGGAAGAACCACGUAUACAGAACCUUUACCAACACUUUGCAUCUGAACGAGAUCGAGAGGAACGUGGAAUUACUGAUAAGACUAAUCAUGAUCCAACGCAACCAGAAAAGCCCCGUGCAGGAAAUACAAUUUUUGUCUCUGGUAAUAAAGUAAAUGAAGACUUCUUAAGAAAAACCUUUAACGAUUAUGGUACUAUAAUCAACAUUUCAAUGGAAAUUGAAAAAGGUCGUGGUUUUGUAACGUUUGCCAAACCUGAAUCAGCUGAUAGAGCGAUUGCUGAAAUGCACAGUAAGAAUGUUAAUGGCAUAUCACUGCAAGUGCAAUUAGCACGUCGUCAACCACAAAUCGAACCAAUAAAUGAUGCUUCAUCAUCUGCAGCUUGGUCAUCAAUUGCUUCAAGUAAAUCACAAAAAGGUACCCACAAAGAUCGCCGUGAAGUAGUACAAUACGAUGAAGAUAUAUUCGAUUCAAAUGGUAUGGAUUAAACGGUUGGUAGGUUAUUUCGUAAUUAAAUACGAAAUACUGGAUAUUGUAAGUAUGAAUUUUACAUGUUUUACUUCAUUUAGGAUGUUUAAUUUUUAGAUUCGAAACAAAAUAAAAUAAUUGCUUUUUUAUUACUUAGAAUCAAUACUAAUUUUGCAAAAUAAUUAAAUAUAAUUAUUUUUUGUUAAAAAAAUAAAAUAAAA